ACGUCCCCCAAACCCUACUCCUUGUACCAGAGCUCGCGAACUGGGUAGGCAUGGCCGAUCGCUGCAACGACAAGUGCGGGUGCGCCGUGCCGUGCCCCUGCGGCGACGCUUGCAGGUGUGGCGCUGCUGCGACGGGGGCGGCGGCGGCGGGGACGGCGACGGCGACGGCGACGCAGGCGCACGAGACGUGCACGUGCGGGGAGCACUGCAGCUGCAACCCCUGCACGUGUGAGAAGGCCGGGACGGGAGCGGCGGUGGGAACGGGCCGGGCCGCGUGCACGUGCGGCCCCACCUGCACGUGCACAAGCUGCGCGGCAUAGAUGGGCAUGCAUGAUGGCAUACGUGUGGCUUAAUAAGUUAGUAACAACGAACAUGUGUUACCUUUUUUAUAUAUUGGCGAGUAAGAGAGAGCAGCGUAACGAAAUAAGUAUGUGACUUAUAAAACGAAGAUGUUUGGUAUUGUAGUUCUACGUCGUGAUCGGUGACGCGUGCGUGUUUUUCUAUUUUCUUUUUUUUUUUUUUUUUUAUGGUUUGUAAUUAUUGGGGUGUUGUGAUCAAAAUUUAUACUAUUUGGAUAGGGGUGUCAA